AUGCACAAAAAGAACCUGGAAGAUUACUUUUGUCCAUUCUAUUUCGGCGAGACUAAAUUAUCGUGCGUAAAAAAGAACGGACGGAACAAGAGGUCCACCUAUCCGAAGCGUUACAUACUAAUAAUAUCUCAUUACAUACAUAAACUAUCCCAUCGAUACUUGUACUAUCGGGGACAUUACAUCGAAUUUGGAAGGGGCGGUUCGUUUAACGUUGGAACUCGUAGGUGGGGCAUGUCAUGUUCGCACAAAACGGAAAAAAGGCCAGCAGGAUGGAGCGCAGUGACCGUGGACUGCAUGUGGAAAUGUGCCGCCGAUUAUAUUCAAAUAUAUGGAAAGUAACUACUGAUAAACAACUGCCCAUUUGCAAAUAGAAUGGCGAGAAUUAUGGCGAUCGAUGAAGGCUGUCCCUGGUGGUGUGGGUAUUAUCAAUAACUAAGAUUGUAAUGUAAACAGGAGUAAAUUGAAGGAUAACCUACCUGUCCAUGAAGGAAGCUUAUCUUAAAUAUGUAUAUUAUUUUAUAAACAUGCUGCUAUCGAACACACAAUCUAAGAUGACUCCAUUUUACACGGGAUUACAUUGAAAUAUCUCAUGCUUAGUAUGUUUUAAUGCCACGAAAGUCUUUGUGUGAGAGUGAUAUUAGUGUACGCUUAGUGUUAUCAAAGUUGAGUCAUGAAGGUUAACUGAUAAGCCGAAAUGUAAUAAUAAGUUUGACUUGUCAUGUACAUACACAUUCAUUUG